AUGGGCGUGUUCGAAGGCAACAGGGCGAGAAUGCAAGCAGAGGAGGUGGAAGAGCUGAAGAUUGUGGAAGCAGCGUCUCAGACGCAGCAAGAACAGCAGCAGGAGCAGCAUGCAGAGAAGGCGUAUCAGAAAGACCCUGAGGCAAUGGCAGCUUUGGAGCUGGAGGCAAUUCAAUGCGAAGAGCUGGAGCAGGCGGAGCAGCCUCGUGGCAUCAAAGUCUUUGAGCUUUUCGAGCUGCAGCAGCAGGAGAAGGAGGAGGGCAUGCAAGGAGAGGAAAACCCUGAGCCUUUUCAGGAGAAUUCUCAGUUGAUGCAGCAGACUGAGGGAGAGGGCGUGGCAGUGCAGCAGGCAGGAGGAAGCGCCACCAUCCGAGGCAUGGAAGCGUUUGAGGUGGGACCUCUGGCAGGCGGCUGUGAGACAGAGGGGACAGUGAAGAAAGUGGUGGACGCGGGUUCUCUACCCGCCAGCCAAGCAGCGGCAAUGGAAGAAGAGACGGAGAGGCAGGCAGACGCCAGUGUAGGUGCUGUGAAGGAGCUGGAGGAGCAGGAAGUACCAGUAAGGCUGGUGUAG